AAAUGCAAUUUAAAAUAUGUGUUGUGAGAAAACUAACAUUGCCGUGCGUUCGUGGCAGAGCUGCUCAGUACAGAGCUGCCACCAGGGGGAGUUGAUGAGCAUUUAGGCAUUGCACAAGAGCCUCCCAGCCUUCGACACUUGACACUUGGCCGUGCAGGUUUUUUCCAGCUUCAAGCAGGUGGCUCUUUGUAACCAUUAACCACUCUGGCCUUUGAGAAACCGAGACAGCCGGAGCGAAAUGUCGUAUUGCUCAUUUUCUGGUGGGGAAGAAUAUAAAAACCACUUCCAGCCUGGAAUAUAUGUGUGCUCUGAAUGCGGCCAUGAGUUAUUUUCUAGCACGUCAAAGUUUGAACACUCCUCUCCUUGGCCGGCCUUCUCACAGACGAUCCAUGAGGACAGUGUCUCUAAACAACCUGAAGCAUGGGGACCCAUAAAGGUUAGCUGUGGCAAAUGUGGCAAUGGACUGGGUCAUGAGUUCUUGUACGAUGGGCCGAGAGAGGGGCUGUCACGCUUCUGAAUCUUUAGCAGCUCACUGGUGUUCGUCCCUAAAGGAGAGCUUGACGGACAAAAACAGUGAGCUGUGAAAGGGUGAAAAUGUUUCCCGCUGCUGAAGGUGUGAACCUUGGAUGAAGUGCUCUUGGACAAAGCCUGAUGGAUCUCCAUGGCGCUGAUGGACAGCAAGAGGAGACAAAGGGCAUAAACUCAAAAACAGAAACUAGUUCAGAUUUGGUCAAUAAUUUGUAAAAGACAGUAAUGUUUAACUCUAUCUAGCAAAUAAAUUGCAACUGUUUUCAGUUGAAGUCUUAACAGGAUUUAUAAAUUAACCUCUUGAUCUGUGAAAAUGUUGGAGACUGUAAUUACAUAGUUCCACCAGUUGAUGGUGCUAUUUGCUGGACCUAGUUCGCUCUCGGCUAUGUAGCAAUGUAUUAAAGUUUUUAGAUUCA